CGGCGUCGUGGGGUUACGGAGGCGGGCCGUCGGCCGGAUGGGAACCUCUCGCCAUUGCGUAGCGGCAGGAAAAAGUGGUAACUGCCGCCGAGGGCGCUAGUUGGCCUGCUACCAUGAGACAAUCGCUACCCCAGCUGCUGCUGCUCGUGCUCCUGGCCUUCCCCGCCGCGUUGCUUCUCAGCGGCGGCCGAAGUGGCCCGGGCUCUAGUUUGUUAGUUGCUGCUCAAGAUGCCACAGAAGAUGAGGAAGCAAUAGAAGAUACAGUAGUUGAAGAUGAAGAUGAAGAAGCUGAAGUUGAAGAGGAUGAACCUACAGAAUUGACAGAAGAGAAGGAGGAAGAAGACUUAUCAGGAGAACCCAAAGCAUCACCUAAUGCUGAUACAACAAUCUUAUUUGUGAAAGGAGAAGAUUUUCCAGCGAACAACAUUGUGAAAUUUUUAGUAGGCUUUACCAAUAAGGGUACUGAAGACUUCAUUGUAGAGUCUCUAGAUGCGUCUUUCCGAUACCCUCAAGAUUACCAGUUUUUCAUUCAGAAUUUCACUGCUCUUCCUCUGAACACUGUUGUUCCACCACAGAGACAAGCCACCUUUGAAUAUUCCUUCAUUCCUGCAGAGCCUAUGGGUGGUCGUCCUUUUGGACUGGUUAUCAAUCUAAAUUAUAAAGACCAAAAUGGGAACUUCUUCCAGGAUGCUGUUUUCAACCAAACUGUUACAAUUAUUGAAAAAGAAGAUGGAUUAGAUGGUGAAACGAUUUUUAUGUAUAUGUUCCUUGGUGGACUUGGCUUGCUUGUCAUUGUUGGGCUACACCAGCUGUUAGAAUCUAGGAAGAGAAAAAGACCUGUUCAAAAGGUAGAGAUGGGAACAUCCAAUCAGAAUGAUGUUGACAUGAGUUGGAUUCCUCAAGAAACUUUAAACCAAAUUAUGCAAAGUAGAAGAGACAAAGCUUCACCAAGACGGUUGCCCCGCAAGAGGUCACAGAAGAGAUCAGUGGGAUCCGACGAGUAAAUAGUGUUAAUACUAUCAGCCUUUACUAACCCAGCCAUCCAACCCCUCCCUCUCGUUUUUGCUUGAAUUGGGAGUUGUGCUGAGAAGCCAUAUUGACUGAGGAGAAUACUAUGAAACAUUUGGACUAAGCAUUUAGUUGUGUUCAGAGAACAUUGCUAAAAAUGCACGUCUUGUUCUUUUUAAAGAAACUUUUAAUUAAGAAUCAUUGUGCUAUCUGAAAUGUGCCUUUAGAGUCUCUUCAUAAUGCUGAUGUGUCAUCUGCAAGCCUUUUUUCUGGCUCCUGGUCAGAAAUACAAGUUGUUUCCUACCCUAUUCUGAUGGUAUCCUGUCAUAUAAGGUCUUUGCAUUUUCCUGUUACCCAGAGUCAUUGAUCUCAUUCUUUGCUACAUGUAUGCAGGUACUUCUUAGUACGCAUGUUGAAACUCUCAUGAAGCACUGAGUCGCAUUUUUGUGUAGCUAGUAUUCUAAAGGCACAAGCAGGUGUAACUGCUUUGAGCAGUAUUUUUUUUUACAUUGCUGCUGCUGAUUGACAUAAAACGCACACAAGUCUGAGAUCCCAAAUAUUCUUGCAUAUGUGUCUAAUAAGGGAUUUCUACAACAGCAGCACUUGAGAAAUAUGGAUUGUGUGCUUACUCAUUUGUCAGCCACUUUUUGAUUGCAAUAUAAACUGUACAUCUGUAAUAAAUUGUUAGUAGUUUGGCUUUAGUCAACAGAUCUGGUAAUCAUAGCCAGAUGAGUAACUUUUGAAUGCUAGUUCAAAUUAAUAUAAAUUGGGCCUCAUCAAUAUAAUUGUAGGAACUCUCCCACUAUUUGGAAACCCAAUCAUGGCUAGAAAAAUACAUUUAAUUUCUUCAGUAAAGCUGAAUAUUAGGUUUGACUUUCAUGAAGGUGUCUUUGGGCAACAAUUUACCAACUGUAAAGCAGAACUGUGCUCUUCUGUUCCCAUGUUUGAUUGUAUACAAUAUAAGUUCCAAAAUUACAGUAAAAACAUAAAUUAAGUUUUAUUUUUGAGUUUUGUAGUGUCUUUCCUCUUGAACUUUGGUGGUUUCUAUAUAGAGUUAAAUUUGCCUUCUUAGAGUUAUGCCUAGCAGUGGAAUUGACUCUGCAUUUUGCUGUAAAGGCCAUCCCAACUGGAAACUUAAUUCCAUUUUAGUAUUUCCUUGCUGUUUAAACCCACUAAGAUUUCAGCAUUGAUUACAUAAUUUAAACCAUUUAAUAUUGACUGUCUCAGCUUAACAUGGGUUGUCUUAAUGCAGAUACUAUUGUAUUCUAAAAUUCAACAACUGAAAGUAGAGAAGACUGGAAACAAUGAUAAUCCAACACUUUUGAAGAAAAACAUGUUCCUUUAAACCUCACUAUAAAUUGGUAGAAAAACAAUUCAAGAUGUGAAAUUCAGCCAUCAUUUUCUGUUAUUUGCAUCAGAAGCUAUUUAAUGUAUGUUCUCCUGGGAUCCAUUACUGGUAUUCCAGUAAUUAGAAUACCUGCAAACCAUUUUGCCACUAAAUUUGAAGUCUAAAUCCUGUGCUGGCAUUACUUUGAUUCCCUUUUGGUGAUGGUCUUUAUAGAAGGGCUAACUUGGUAUGUGUGGCAUAUACACUUGACAUUUUUCUUAGUUGCAGAUUAUUAAAUGAAGGGAUGAUCAAGACUACAUAUUUUAAUGACUGUAUGGUAAUUCAGAUGGUACUCUCAAUCUGCAUCUUGUUUGUGAAUUACAUAUUCUGUUAAUAAAAUGUUACUCUUUAAAACA